CUCCUUCCCCCAAGGGGCCGGGCUUGGGCGCUUUAUAAGCUGGGGCUCCGGCCGGAACCGGCAGCUCCUCCUAAAAGAACCUCACUCGGGAUUGUCUCCGCCGGGCCCCGGGCCCUCUCACUGUCAGAAAGCAAGAUGCACUUUAGAAACUUUAACUACAGCUUUAGCUCGCUGAUUGCCUGCGUGGCAAACAGUGAUGUCUUCAGCGAAAGCGAAACCAGGGCCAAGUUUGAAUCGCUCUUUAGGACCUAUGACAAGGACAUCACCUUCCAAUACUUUAAGAGCUUCAAACGAGUCCGAAUAAACUUCAGCAACCCUCUGUCUGCAGCCGAUGCCAGACUCCAGCUGCACAAGACUGAGUUUCUGGGGAAGGAGAUGAAAUUAUAUUUUGCUCAGACUUUACACAUAGGAAGUUCACACCUGGCCCCACCGAAUCCCGACAAGCAGUUUCUCAUCUCACCUCCUGCCUCCCCGCCCGUGGGCUGGAAACAAGUGGAAGAUGCAACUCCCGUCAUUAAUUAUGACCUUUUAUACGCCAUCUCCAAGCUAGGGCCAGGGGAGAAGUACGAACUGCACGCAGCCACGGACACCACCCCCAGCGUGGUGGUCCACGUGUGUGAGAGUGACCAAGAGAACGAAGAGGAAGACGAGCUGGAGAAGAUGAAGAGACCCAAACCCAAAAUCAUCCAGACCAGGAGGCCGGAGUACACACCGAUCCACUUAAGCUGAACCGGCCGGGGGAAGCAGCAUUUCAGACCAUCCUUUGACUGGGCGAAGGGCCGGUCACAACUUUGGAAGUGGCAGCCGCCGUGACCGCUGUGGCAGAAAAUCCCAGUCCAUGUUGCUUGGAAGAGCACCGAGGCUCGGUCUUGUUCCAGUGCCGCCCGUCAGCCCGUGCCCGCGGCCCUGGGACGUCCCGUCCUGGGCCCAUCACCGAGCCCGUGGGGAUCGCACAGGGACACUGGGGAACGCCUUUGAGAAAACUAAUAAUGAUAGUCGUUCGUCCUUGUUCUGUUCUGGUAGGUUGUUAGGUUUCGUGCCGCGGGCAGGUUGACCAGUGGUCCCACGGAGUCGCCGGCAGUGAGCAGAUGGGGCGCCGGUGCAGGCUGUGAAGACAGCAGCAGGCGCCCUGUGGACUUGGGAGGGCUUCCUUUCCCACCCCCGCUCACCUCCCACUUAGUGUCCGUGCAUGUCCCCAUCUUCGUGAUUGCCAGAACUCACCUCUGUCCGUGUACAAAGCUCCUCCGUGGGGACCUACGGCCUCCGGAGAGCCGGGGGAGCAGUGGGAACCCGUUGUCCCCGCAGAGAGAGGCUCUCUUUGGCCCCGGCUCCCGGGUUUGUGUUGGUCUGGUUUUUGUUCUUAGCCCCAGACCGCAUUCACCCGGCACCCGAACUGGCGCUUCACAGGAGAGGCUUGGGUCUGAAAGGCCAAAGUAGAAUUUAGCCGACAAAACCCAGAGAACAGCAGUUUCACUGCCAGCCUCCCUGGGCGAGACCUUGGACCUGGGUUCCAUCUGUCUCUCUCACGUGGUGGUCAAUGCCCACGAAUCCAGCCACAUGCCCGUUCGUUCGGGGACUGCUAGGUACGGCCGUCGUCAUCUUCCUUUCGGCCCCUACUGAAAUAUCGGCCAAACUUGUAAAUAAAGCUGAUAGCACCUGUUCAUCACUGUCGUAGACGUGGGUGAUAAGCUGGCGGUGGGAGACUAGUGUUAACAUGUAUGAACCUUGCUGUGAGUGGUGUGUGGUAGAAAACGCUGUCAAACCGUUCUUACCGGACUCGAAUCCCAAGCAUGUCACGUGGGUGGCAGCUGUGUGGUGGUAUGAGAGGGACGCAGUGCCUUUCCCUGUCCGUUCCCCAUGAAAUUGUCGCACUAGGUAACACUGGUCCUUUUUCCUUCUCUGGUUGUAACGUGUCUGUCCGGUACAUAGGUUAUUAUAUUUGGGCCUUAAAAACUACCCUAACAGAGUGUGCCAUUUUGAAAUCCUUAAUGCCAAGUCACAAUGCAUGCUUUGAAAAUAGCAGCAGAUGGUCUUUUUUAAGAAGCACAACACGUUCUUGCGUUAACUCCUUGGGUUGUUCCUAUCAACAAAUGCAUCGAAUGUUCUCCAAACUUUGUUUACAGUGCUUGGUCGGGGCGGGGGCAGGUGAGGGAGAGACCGUUACAUUGCUGUUUCAUGUUUCUAGUUAAAGUGCUUUUAACCUGGAGGGGCUAACAUCAAACUAUUUUUUUAACUGCAUUCUAUAAUAAAUUGGCACAAUAUGCUCUUUACGGAAA